CUUGCAUCAGCAAAUCCUCAGUUGUGAGCUUCAACGCGCACUGACUGCACAUGGACAAGUCUCGCUGAGCGUCGACACCAAGGUACACACAACAAGAUGGUUCUGGAAGUUCUUCUACUGCUGUUGCCGCUUACGGCGAUGGAACUCACCAACGACCCCCUGUCGACCGUCAGAGCUCCCCCCGACCACGACCACCGGAACAGCUCGGCCUCGUCAGCCACCUUAGCCACCGAGUCUACUGCCGGGCAUGGAUUUAAAGAUUGUGCAAAGUGCGAUGAAGUGACCUGCAGUGGGUGCAGCGCCGGCGACAUCAAUUGCGAGGCCUUGUGCUGGAGGAGGUGCUCGUGCCCAUGCUUCGGACACCCCGAGGUCGGCCAGGUGGACUGGGAGGCGUGGAUCGCCUGCUACAACGAGAGGGGGUGCUUGGAUGCGCGCAGGACGUGUGAAGAGGGCUGCAGCAGCGGCGGGCGCAGCGGCGCGCUGGACUGCGGGGAGGGCUGCCUGGUGGACUACAUGAAGUGCGACUGCGGGUGCACCACCCUGGCCCGUGGUGGCGGACAGUCCGGGGCGGCCAACGGCACCGCCACCAGCAGCACCAGCAGCAGCAGCAGCACCAGCAGCACCAGCAGCACCAGCAGCACCACCAGUGAUUCAGUCGCUCCGUCCGCGACCACUGCCUCCUUGGCCAGCACUAGCAGCACCACCAGCACCAGAACCAGCGCAACGGAGCUGCCGACCGCCGCUGCUCCAGGACCUGCUCCAGGAAGUGCUCCAGGGCCUCCUCCAGGACCUGCUCCAGGACCUGCUCCAGGCAUUGCUCCACGGCCUCCUCCAAGACCUGCUCCAGGACCUGCUCCAGGACCUUCAGGAACUGCUCCAGGACCUCCUUCAGGACGUCGCCCAGGCCGCUGCGCGUAUGGGAGCUGGGACCAGGUGUUCCUGUCCGUGUUCGUGUGCGCGUGUGUUUGUGUCGUCUGUUGUGGUGGUCUGCUGCUCUUCCAUCUAAGAGAUGUCAACCGAAAUACUGAGUUUUUUAGAUUAAGUACACUGAAUUGAAUUGAUUAUUGUUGAUUUUUGGUCAAGUACACGUGCCAUGCCUCGA